GCUAGAGAAUUUUAUUCUGUUGGAGAAUAUAACCCUGAUGGUUGCUUGCACAGAGGGGAAAAGCAGAGAGGAAUACGGGGAUCGUCCUGUGCAAUCUCUAUUGUUUGAAACUUACUUUUUAUCAGAAAUUGAAGAUGAAAACGGAAGAGAAAUGGAGCAAGUUCAGUAACUAUCCAGUCUAACAUCUUACUGGUAUCUUAAGGAAUCUUACAAAUACUUAUUUUGAAUUGAGAAAAUGACUGCAGAUGUAGAAGAAAGUACAGGUUGUUGGAAAAGAGUACCUGUCAAAAAGUGGAACCUCCAAUAAUUAAUUUGGAAGUAGUAGAAAAUAUCUAUACCUGUUAUGGUGCAAUUCUGGAGUGGAGUUAACUCUCUAGCACAUAGGUAGCUUUCCAAGAAGGGUGGAAAAAAAAAAGGAGCUUUCUGUUUUUCAAAAUUAUGGAAAUUUUUUGGAGGACGUGGACAUGGAUUUUGAGCCUAGUCAUGGUUUCGUCAGAAUUUCACAGUGACAGCAGGCUUUCAUAUAGUUCUCAAGAGGAAUUCCUGUCUUACCUUCAACACUACCAACUAACAAUCCCAAUAAGGGUUGACCAAAAUGGAGCCUUCCUCAGCUUUACUGUGAAAAAUGCUAAACCCUCAAGAAGGAGGAGGAGCACAGACCCUUAUGAUCAAGAACUGGCAGCAUCUAAAUUAUUUUUUAAACUUUCUGCCUAUGGCAAGCACUUUCAUUUAAACCUGACUCUCAACACAGAUUUGGUGUCCAGACAUUUUACAGUAGAAUACUGGGGGAAAGAUGGACUGCAGUGGAAACACGAUUUUUUAGACCAGUGUCAUUACACAGGAUAUUUGCAAGACCAACACCGUACAACUAAAGUGGCCUUAAGCAACUGCAAUGGUCUGCAUGGAGUCAUUGCUACAGAAGAUGAAGAGUAUUUUAUUGAGCCUUUACGGAAUAUAACAGAAGAUUCUAGUAACUUUAAUUAUGAGAACGGUCAUCCUCAUGUUAUAUACAAAAAAUCUACUAUGCACCAGCAACAUCUCUAUGAUCAUAGUCACUGUGGAGUCUCAGAAGACCUCACAAGAAGUGGUAAACCUUGGUGGAUGAGUGAUGAAUCUGCUUUUCCAACUUCACUUCCAGUUAAUGACACGUUAAGUAGUCAUAGUCGUCAGAAGAGAUCAGUAAGCCUUGAACGGUUUGUGGAAACGCUGGUAGUAGCAGACAAAAUGAUGGUGGGAUACCAUGGUCGCAAAGACAUUGAACACUACAUUUUGAGUGUAAUGAAUAUUGUUGCCAAACUUUAUCGUGAUUCCAGUCUAGGAAACGUUGUGAAUAUUAUAGUGACGCGUUUAAUUGUCCUCACUGAAGAUCAGCCAAACUUGGAGAUAAACCACCAUGCAGACAAGUCCCUCGAUAGCUUCUGUAAGUGGCAGAAAUCCAUUCUCUCCCACCAAAGUGAUGGAAACACCAUUCCAGAAAAUGGGAUUGCCCACCAUGAUAAUGCGGUUCUUAUUACUAGAUAUGAUAUCUGCACUUACAAAAACAAGCCUUGUGGAACACUGGGCUUGGCCUCUGUGGCUGGAAUGUGUGAGCCUGAAAGGAGCUGCAGCAUUAAUGAAGACAUUGGCCUAGGUUCAGCUUUUACCAUUGCACAUGAGAUUGGUCACAAUUUUGGUAUGAAUCAUGAUGGAAUUGGAAAUUCCUGUGGGACCAAAGGUCAUGAAGCAGCAAAGCUAAUGGCAGCUCAUAUUACAGCAAACACCAACCCUUUCUCUUGGUCAGCGUGCAGUCGGGAUUACAUCACCAGUUUUUUAGAUUCGGGCCGUGGUACUUGCCUUGAUAAUGAGCCUCCCAAGCGUGACUUUCUUUAUCCAGCUGUGGCCCCAGGUCAGGUGUAUGAUGCUGAUGAGCAGUGUCGCUUCCAGUAUGGAGCAACAUCCCGCCAAUGUAAAUAUGGGGAAGUGUGUAGAGAGCUCUGGUGCCUCAGCAAAAGUAACCGCUGUGUUACCAACAGCAUUCCAGCAGCUGAAGGUACUCUUUGCCAAACAGGGAGCAUUGAAAAAGGGUGGUGUUAUCAGGGAGAGUGCGUACCUUUUGGCACUUGGCCCCAGAGUAUAGAUGGGGAUUGGGGCCCAUGGUCAAUAUGGGGAGAGUGCAGCCGGACCUGCGGGGGAGGAGUCUCCUCAUCUAUAAGACACUGUGACAGUCCAGCACCUUCAGGUGGAGGCAAAUACUGUCUUGGAGAAAGGAAACGGUAUCGCUCCUGUAACACUGAUCCAUGUGCUUCAGGGGCUCGUGACUUUCGAGAAAAGCAAUGUGCGGAUUUUGACAAUAUGCCUUUCCGGGGAAAGUAUUACAACUGGAAACCCUACACUGGAGGUGGGGUUAAACCAUGUGCAUUAAACUGCUUGGCUGAAGGUUAUAAUUUUUACACUGAACGUGCUCCUGCAGUAAUAGAUGGGACUCAGUGCAAUGCUGAUUCACUGGAUAUCUGUAUCAAUGGAGAAUGCAAGCAUGUAGGUUGUGAUAAUAUUUUGGGAUCUGAUGCUAAGGAAGAUAGAUGCCGUGUUUGUGGAGGAGAUGGGAGUACAUGUGAAGCCAUUGAAGGUUUCUUCAAUGAUUCGUUGCCCAGAGGAGGCUAUAUGGAAGUGAUUCAUAUUCCAAGAGGUUCUGUGCACAUUGAAAUAAGAGAAGUGGCAAUAUCAAAGAACUACAUUGCUUUAAAAUCUGAAGAGGAUGACUACUAUAUUAAUGGUGCCUGGACUAUUGACUGGCCAAGAAAGUUUGAUGUUGCUGGAACAGCUUUCCAUUACAAGCGGCCAACAGACCAACCAGAGUCUUUGGAAGCAUUAGGCCCUACUUCAGAAAAUCUCAUAGUCAUGAUUCUGCUACAGGAACAAAAUUUGGGUAUAAGGUAUAAAUUCAAUGUUCCCAUCUCUCGCACUGGCAGUGGAGAUAAUGAAGUUGGCUUUGCAUGGAAUCAUCUGCCUUGGUCAGAAUGUUCUGCCACUUGUGCUGGAGGUAUGCAGAAACAAGAGGUGGUGUGUAAAAGGCUGGAUGACAACUCCAUUGUACAAAACAACUACUGUGACCCUGACAGUAAGCUUCCAGAAAACCAAAGAGCCUGCAACGUUGAGCCUUGCCCACCUGAGUGGUUUAUAGGGGACUGGUCAGAAUGCAGCAAGACCUGUGAUGGAGGAAUGCGCUCACGAACAGUUCUCUGUAUCAGAAAGAUCGGACCUUCUGAGGAGGAAACACUGGACAAUACCAACUGUUUAACACACCGGCCUAUUGAAAAAGAGCCCUGUAACAAUCAGUCCUGUCCACCACAGUGGGUCGCUUUGGACUGGUCAGAAUGCACUCCAAAGUGUGGCCCAGGAUUCAAACACCGAAUUGUUCUGUGCAAAAGCAGCGAUCUUUUAAAAACUUUUCCACCUGCACAAUGCCAAGAUGAAAGCAAACCGCCAGUCCGCAUCCGCUGUAGCUUAGGCCGAUGUCCUCCUCCGCGCUGGGUUACUGGAGACUGGGGUCAGUGUUCUGCACAAUGUGGUCUUGGGCAACAGAUGCGAACAGUUCAAUGCCUCUCGUACACUGGACAAGCAUCCAGCGAGUGUCCAGAAACAGUUAGACCUCCAUCAAUGCAGCAGUGUGAAAGUAAAUGUGACAGUACUCCCAUAUCCAACACAGAAGAGUGCAAAGAUGUGAACAAAGUGGCAUAUUGCCCACUGGUGCUGAAGUUCAAGUUCUGCAGUCGAGCAUACUUCAGACAGAUGUGCUGCAAGACCUGCCAAGGACACUGACACACAGGAAAGCACAAGAACGUGCCUUGUUAUUAUCAAUGUUGAAGAAUGUCCAUCGAAGAAAGCCACACAGCAGAAUGAGAUUGACGUCCUUGCAAAUGCAUUACCCUGUGGAAAAUGUAACCACUGGUCAGCCCCAGCUGACAGGAUUUCAAUAUUAUUUUAACUUCUGUGAAGUGGGAUUUAUUAAUCCAAAGUGCUGGACACAGUAUAAGGAGGGCAUGCCAAAUUGGAAAGAUCCACACAACACAUAUAGAAUAGCUUACUGUGGAACAUUUGUGUUCUUUUGACUAAAUCCAAUAGUCUGUUUACCUCC